GACGCGACAUCGACGUGACGGAUACAGGUUUAGCUGCUCAACUUUGAUGCCAUUUGUCUGACAUGGAGCCGGAUGGGGACCUAAACCCCAACACAGAUGACCUUCCACUCCGAGCCAAUACUAACCACAUACUUGUCAGACAUUAUGUACUGGACCUGACUGUUCAUUUUGACAGGAAGGUAAUCAGUGGUAGUGCCAUUUUAUUCCUGGAACCUUGCUCUGGAGUGGGGACUAACGCUGGCACUGGUGAGGGAGCUGGGACUGUAGGGGCUGGAGGGAGUCAGGAUGGGUCUGUGUGUAGAUUUCCUGGUGUGGAUGAAGUGGAGGAUGGCACAAAAGAACUUGGGCAGACUGCAGCUGAAAAUGAAAAUAUUCAGUCUUCACAUUUGUGGGAAACCACCAGCGACAGUGAUUUCACCCUAGUGCUGGACUGCUGUGACCUUGAUGUGUCUAAGGUCGAAGCGUUGGACAUCACCUCUGUGUCAGCCAUGUCUAGCCUCGAACCAGAGGUCGUAUCUGAGUGGUUAGGGGGCCGUUCAGAGAACUCACAAGCAGCCUUUGUUCAGAGCCUUAUCUCCAUGCCCUCUAGCCGGUGGAGGCAGAAGCACCAGCUCUUUUUGCUCUGUAGUCGUGCCCCUGGUGCCCAGUAUGGCAACUCACUGCAUUUUCAUAGAGACCGAUGGAGUCUGCAGGUGAGGAAGAAGGGGGUCGCAUCACCUCAGGAGUUCCCUCGCACCGUCAGGAUCUGCUAUGAGACGAGGCCAACGGGAGGCUCUGUGAGGUGGACCAAAGAUCAGGACAACAGGGUGUGUGUUUACACUGCCGGUUCUCCCAUCAACAACCGAGCCCUCUUUCCCUGCCAGGAGCCGCCUGUUGCCAUGUCAACAUGGCAGGCAACAGUACGGGCCCCCAGUGAGUGUGUGGUUUUGAUGAGUGGGGAGGAGAAGACUGUACCUACUGAGGACGGGGACACACGUUUCUUAAACUGGAGUUACUACGUCACUAUGCCCAUGCCUGCCUCCACCUUCACCUUGGCAGUGGGCCACUGGCGCCAAGUCACAGCAGAAAUCCCCCCAGCAUUGGAAGACAGGGUGAGAGACAGGACGGAUUGUGGUAAGACAGCCAAACCUGCGGCUGGACCUGGGGAAUGGACUGAGGCUGAGCUUUUGUCUGGACCUGGAAGCUCCACCAGCAAAGUAGUAAAGGGCUCUCCACUCCAGACUGACAGCGGAGACCAGACCACCCGCUCAGACUCUGCAUUCUGUUACUCUUCCCUUGAGGAUGAGGGGUUCUCUGUAACUGAUUAUUCAGGCAUGGUGGAUGACGGCAUCUCUUGUUCCCAUGGCGACUACCCUUGCCGAUUUACUGAGCGGUCGGCUAGGUCCCAGCGGGUGAUUCCACACCGUGUGUUUGGCCCCGUCUGCUUGCUGCAGAAGGCCCAGAUGGUCCUCAAGCUGUUGCCUGGAUGUUUGGCUGCAGCCCACACCGUUCUGGGGGUCCACCCCUUUCCCCGCCUUGAUGUUCUCAUCGUCCCAGCAGGAUUCUCCAGUCUGGGCAUGGCCAGCCCGCAUAUAAUUUUCCUGUCCCAGAGUGCAUUGUAUGCUGGGAGUCCUGGUUCUGAAGGGAAUGGCCUGUCUCUGUGUGGGUCCAGGAUUUGCCAUGAGAUCGCCCAUUCCUGGUUCGGCCUGGUAAUCGGAGCCAGAGACUGGACGGAGGAAUGGAUCAGCGAGGGCUUUGCCACCUACCUGGAAGACAUUGUCUGGGCCCAAGCACAACAUCUUUCCGUACAAGGGACAGCAGAACAGUCUGACCUGAAGGCACUGCUGAGGUGGAGACGACUCUCUGAUGAGUUGAAGAACUCAGAGGAGGUACUUCAAAUCCUCAGACCUAACAUGGAAAACACUGGUCAGGUCAGUGAGUCUGGCUCCUCCACAGUUAAACAUGCCCUCAACCCUGACAAAGCCUUCAUGCAAGUCCACUACCUCAAGGGUUACUUCCUCCUCAGGUUCUUGGGCAGUCAAGUGGGAGAGCAACCAUUCAUUGACUUCUUCAGAUUAUUUGUGAAGAAAUACCAUGGGCAACUGAUUUUGUCUCAGGAUUUCCUGCGAAUGCUGCUGAUUAACUUUCCCGACAUGGAGAGAAAAGGCCUCACCCUCGAUGCUAUUUAUGCUGACUGGCUCGAUCGACCGGGAAUUCCAAAGUGGCUGUAUGAAAGGAGUGCCGUGUGGUCACAGGCAAGGCUGGUGGAAGAAGUCAAAGAAGAGGUUGUAAAAUGGAUUCUCCUCAGUCAGAGUCAUCAGGGGAAGGGCAGAAAGCGGAAGAGAAUAGAGCCCAAAGUGAACUACAGAGAGGUGACGUCGGAGCAGCUGGUGAUGCUUUUGGAGCUUCUCCUCGAGGAAGAGGAGCUAAGCGUGGAAACGAUGCAAGCUCUGCAGAGAACUUACAACCUGCGGGAUCAAGACGCUGAGGUCCGACAUCGCUGGUGUGAGCUGGUGGUCAAACAUGCGCACACUCAGGCGUACAGAGACGUGGAACACUUCCUGGUUCAUGACCAAGCCAUGGGUGUGUAUCUGUACGGGGAGCUGAUGGUUCAGGAGGAGCCUGAGCAGCAGGCUCUGGCCUGUCGCUGCCUCUCAUUGGUCCAGGAAGAAAUGGACCAAUCGGCACGCAGAGUGGUGGAGGAAAUGGUCCUAUGAUGGUCCUACAUUGGAGGUUGCUGACUACAGACGGAGAUGAAAGGAGUUUGGCACACGGGGUGUACCGGCUUUCAGCGCUCACCUCCUCUUCCUCUGUAGCAGAGAGGACGUUGCAGAAUUGCCCGGCGGUGUGAACACCAGAAGGCUGUGCUCUUACGCUACAGCCAAGGCCAACUGGCAAGUUUUAGAGAAGUUCUGUUCAUUCAAGUCUAAAGACCAGUGUGUGUGAACCAACAAUGAUACAAGCUGUUCCUAGAGAGAUACAAUGUUGUUAAACUACAUUAUUGCUGUGGUAAGCGGGAAAAAUUACAUCAUGUCACAGAUUUUGAAAUGGUAGAUAAUGAGAAAAGAGACAUAUGUCAUAGAGAAAAGACACUGCACCUUUAUUCAUGUUUAAGAGCUGAACCUGCUGUGUUUAAGUUAGUUUGUGUGUGGCUGUGUAGGUGUGAGUUCAUGUCUGUUUAGUCUGAAGUCAUGAUCUGGCUCUUAAGAGUUUAGACUGGAAAUACUCAGGUGAGUCAUGUUUUUAUACAUAACAAAUUACUUCACUCUGGCCUGUAACAACACUGGAAAAUAUACAACAGAGAACACUCGGGGCAUUUCUAUACGUGUAAACGAUGGUUUUCUAACUGCUGUACAGACAAAUCAUUUUUCUACUGCAUAUAAUUUUAAGUGAAAAUCUUCAUGUUAAAAUAAAAUGAUGUUUUCUUAAAAUACA